AUGUGCUCUCGGCAGGACAAGGACCAGUGCCACAGGCAGGAGCGCUACACCCGCCAGAGCAGCGGUGGCUGUCACAGCUCCGGCGGUGGUGGCUGUCACAGCUCCGGUGGUGGUGGAUGCCACAGCUCCGGUGGAGGUGGCUGUCACAGCUCCGGUGGCAGCGGUGGUGGCUGUCACAGCUCCGGUGGAGGUGGCUGUCACAGCUCCGGUGGCAGCGGUGGUGGCUGUCACAGCUCCGGCGGCGGUGGAUGCCACAGCAGUGGUGGCUCCAGCUGCCACGGGAAGCCACAGGUGCAGUGCCAGCAGCAGCAGCAGCAGCAGGUCCACCAGCUGCCCUCCCAGAAGAUGAAGUGA